AUGGAUUCAAGGGGGCACUACGCGCCUCUCGGGAAGGAUGAGAUUGAGGUUGAGCGCCUCAUUUCUGGUGAGAGCCGGCCAAGCAGCUCUGUUUCGACAUUAUGUGAAGUUACAGAUUCUCCCCCUCAAAAGGUCUCACGGCUUUCCACGUUCUCGCGGAUUUUCCAUCAGCCAACUCUGUGGCUGGUUGUGGUUGACUCUCCUCUACUAACGCGGACCAAAAUCGAUUUGCAUGAGCAACGGAUCCAGACGCCCUUAAUCAACGAGCAUAAUGUUAAUGGUCCAUCUAUUUACCGUGAGCCGCCGUCCCCAGACGUGGACAAUGCGUGGGAGCGCCUGCAUAAAGGAGAUCGUCUUUUUCUUGUAGGAGAAGAUGAAGUUCGCCGUAUCGGAAAAGACCCAAGUGUGUUGAUUGAAGCACCUCUGGACUGGGGUUAUGGCGUCGGUCAGUAUCUUGCAGCAAAUCAAGGGCAGCAUGACAUUCACUGUCUGAACAAACUUCGAAUGUGGAUUUAUGCAGAACAUUACUAUGGAGGCCGUGAAGCAGUACGCGAAAUCCACGCCUUACACUGUCUCCAUACCUUGGUUCAGACAUUGCAAUGCCGAUAUAGCACUGAUGUGUAUACCGCAAUGUGGGUUGAGGGGUUCGAUGCGCCAGUCAUAGACUUCAAUGUGACGCGCAAAUGCAUGAAUUACGAAAAUAUCCUUCGUUGGGACCCAGAAAAACCAUAUACUGAGGAGCAAUUUUUGGCACUCAAGCCACCAAGCGGCCAGAAAAGGAUCCCUUCGGAUGUUUACUAG